CGGCUCUCGGGCGGCAGCGAGUGCCACGUCCCAAGUACAGCGCUGAGGAGCGCAGCGGGCGGUGCGCGUGGGGCGGAGAGCAGCGCGAACCCGGCUCGGCCUCACCGAUCGCCCGCCGCCAUGGGCUCUUCGCAGAGCGUCGAGAUCCCGGGCGGGGGCACGGAAGGCUACCACGUCCUGCGGGUACAAGAAAAUUCCCCAGGACACAGAGCUGGAUUGGAGCCUUUCUUUGACUUUAUUGUUUCUAUCAAUGGUUCACGAUUAAAUAAAGACAAUGACACUCUUAAGGAUCUACUGAAAGCAAAUGUUGAAAAACCUGUAAAAAUGCUCAUCUAUAGCAGCAAAACCUUGGAGUUGCGAGAGACAUCAGUCACACCAAGCAACAUGUGGGGUGGCCAGGGCUUACUGGGUGUGAGCAUUCGUUUCUGCAGCUUUGACGGGGCAAAUGAAAACGUUUGGCAUGUGUUGGAAGUGGAAUCAAAUUCUCCUGCAGCACUGGCAGGUCUUAGACCUCACAGUGAUUAUAUCAUUGGAGCAGAUACAGUCAUGAAUGAGUCUGAAGAUUUGUUCAGCCUUAUCGAAACCCAUGAAGCAAAGCCACUCAAGCUUUAUGUGUACAACACAGACACCGAUAACUGUCGAGAAGUGAUUAUUACACCAAAUUCUGCAUGGGGUGGAGAAGGCAGCCUAGGAUGUGGCAUUGGAUAUGGUUAUUUGCAUCGAAUACCUACACGCCCUUUUGAAGAAGGAAAGAAAAUUUCUCUUCCAGGACAAAUGACCGGUACACCUAUCACUCCUCUUAAAGAUGGGUUUACAGAGGUCCAGCUGUCCUCAGUCAAUCCCCCAUCUCUGUCACCACCAGGAACUGCAGGAGUUGAACAGAGUCUGUCUGGACUUUCUAUUAGCUCAACUCCACCAGUUGUCAGCAGUGUUCUCAGUACGGGUGUACCAACAGUGCCGUUGUUGCCGCCUCAAGUAAACCAGUCCCUCGCCCCUGUGCCACCAGUGAACCCAGCUACUACAUUACCAAGUCUGAUGCCUUUGCCUGCAGGACUGCCUGACCUUCCCAGCCUCCCCAACCUCAACCUCCCCACGCCGCACCUCAUGCCAGGCCUUGGCUUACCCGAGCUCGGGAGCACAGGUUUGCCACCUCUUCCUGCCUUGCCUCCUCGAAAUUUACCUGGCAUCGCACCUCUCCCCAUGCCAGCCGAGUUCCUCUCAUCAUUCCCCUUGGUUCCAGAGGGCCCUUCCGCAGCCAGCUCAGGAGAGCUGCUGUCCUCCCUCCCGCCCGCCGGCAGCCCCCCUUCCAACCCCAUCACGACUACUGCAAAGGCAGACGAGGCCGCUGCGCUCGCUGUGGAUGUGACGCCCCCUGCUGCCAAGGCCCCCAGCACUGUGGAGGACAGAGCCGGGAACUCCACCCCAGCCAGCGAGAGGCCCGCAUCUGCUGUCUCGGAUGCAAACGCAUCUGAUUCACCUUAACUUUGAACCGUUCUUCAGAACCAGAGUGGUGUAUUUAUUUAACCACGGAAGCUGUCUGGAAAUGUAAACUAUCAUUAAUUUCAUACUAGUUUGUACUGUAUCUGUAGGCAUCGUGUAAAUAAUUCUAAGGGGAAAACUAAGCAAGAAGAUGUGAGCUUGUAUCCUGCCAAGUUGGGGCAGGGUCCGUCGCAGGGCAGGAAUGUUCAGAAAGUGCUUGUACUUUAAACAACCAAAAAGAAUUGUGAGGGUGGCCUGCCACCAGGCAUCCCCUGCCACCCUGGGGUGUGCGUCCUUGGGAAAGGAGGUGCCGGGGUAUCCACUAGGUUCCUUGCCCCCUGCUGCUCCUUCUGUACGCAACGGAAUAUUUUACGCCUACUGCUCACAUGCAGCAUUUCUUUACUCUGUAAAUCGUUCACAAGAGUGCAGACCACUUCACUAAACUGUAAAAGGAAACGAUGCUUUACUUUUGGUCUCUGUGAGUCACAUCUCUAUUAAGGUUUACACAAAAAUUCCAGUUGAAGCUGUUUUAAAGGUACACGGUGUGCACUAUUAAUUGAACAUCUUUUUAUUCAGCCUAUACACAGAUCCUUGUUUCAGCUCUCAGAAUCACUCAGACAACAUUUUGUAACUGCUGCUGUUGCUUUAUACGUCCACCAUCCUGAUGGCAUUUAAAGAAAAAUAAAGGAGAUGUUCCAUAGUUUUAAAGCAGAAGGUGGCACUUGUAGCUACUUACAAUACAGGUGGACUGGGAAGGCAGAGAUACAGCAAUAAAUAACAGCAAUUUUAGUUUU